GGGGAAACCGGGAGGCCUUUCAUGCGCAAGGGAUCUCGCUGCCAUCGACUUUUGCUUCUGACCCGACUCUCUUUUCUUCAAUGACUGACAACACAGCAUCAUCUGCAACAACAUCUAACCCUCACUUUGACUACACAGAAUUCUAAAAACCUUCGCAGACAACAGAUCAACCAGCUCGAACGACACAAUGCCACCAACUACUACAGCAGCCCAGCAGUCGGACAAUGUUGCACAUGCUCUCAGUGGAGCAGGAGGAGGAAUUCUCUCUAUGGCAUUAACGUAACUUGCCCACUCGCCUCACCCCACCACAAUAUGAACUAUCUGGCUAACACCUCGACUCAGAUAUCCUCUCAUUACUCUUUCCACCCGUGCCCAAGUCGAAUCCUCACGCGCCGACUCUGGCUUCCUCGAUGCCGUCAAAAAGAUCAUUGCCCGGGAAGGCGUCACAGGAUUAUAUGCCGGGUUGGAUUCGGCACUUUUUGGCAUCAGUGUUACCAAUUUCGUCUACUAUUACUGGUACGAAUGGACCCGCGCGGGGUUCGAGAAAGCGGCUAUUACAGCUGGCAGAGCAAGCAAGAAGUUGACGACGGUAGAGAGCAUGAUCGCCGGCGCUAUUGCUGGGAGUGCUACGGUUCUCUUGACAAAUCCCAUUUGGGUUGUGAACACACGCAUGACGACAAGAAAGCAGAACAAGGAGGUUGAUGGCCUCUUGGGAAAAGCCAAGCCUACCACCGUGGGGACAUUACUCGCCCUCAUCAGAGAGGAAGGGCCACUUGCUCUCUUUUCUGGGGUCCUUCCAGCAUUGGUCUUGGUUGCCAACCCGAUCUUGCAAUAUACCAUCUUUGAGCAGUUGAAAAACACUUUGGAAAAGAAGAAGAGAAUCACACCCACGGUUGCAUUUUUGUUAGGCGCAUUCGGAAAGUUAUUCGCAACCAGCAUCACAUAUCCUUAUAUUACAGUGAAGAGUCGGAUGCACGUGGCAGGGAGAGAUGGAGGAAAAGAGAGCAUGAUUGAUGGCAUGAAGAGGAUCAAAAGAGAGGAGGGGCUAGUUGGGUUUUAUAAAGGUAGGCCAAAUUCUUUCCUAAGUAGAGCGUAGCGCUAAUCAUGAUACACUUUAGGUAUUGGACCAAAGGUCACCCAAAGUGUGCUUACUGCCGCAUUUUUGUUUGCUUUCAAAGACGUCAUUUAUGCGCAGACGAUUAAGUUGAGGAGGAAACUCCCAGUGAAGGCUUAAAUCACAGCCAUCAUUAACCGACACCUGUAAAAACGUUAAAGGGAUGGGAUAGGCCAUUUUGUCAAGUGACUUAUCUUACAUUGUUAGAGUAGUGUACCAUUGGAUUUAUAGCCCGCCACGAUUCAC